CAAUUAGUCGUUCGGCGAUCGUACGGCGAGCGUGUGUCUUAAGUGGAGAAGCGACUUUAAUCCAGGAUCAUCAUGUCUCCGCUAUUAUCGCUGAUCGUUUACGGGCAAGUGUAUUUCCUCGGCUCCGGAACAAAUAUUCGACCGACCGUUACUGGAUCUGAUAAUUCAAUAGCAAUACCAGCCAUCGACCAGACCUUGGAUGAGACACAGCCGUUCCAGGGGAACCAAAAUUCAGUAUUGGUCCCAGAAAUAAAUCGCCGACGCAGAGAGAUGGGAUUAUCAGAGAAUAAUGUAAAACGCAGCGAUUACAAUUACACGCCAGGUAUCGGUGGGCACAAGUUUCACACGAAAGCAGCCACUUGGAACGAGGCUAGAAAAGUGUGCGAAAGCGAAGGUGCACACCUCGCUAUUGUGAACUCAGCCAGGGAAGCGGAAGUGAUCGGUAAUCUUUUCACGAAAUCCGGUCCUCACUUUGGUUCGAAAGACUCGAACUACGCCCAUAUCGGAUUUCAUGACCUCUACGAAGAAGGCGAAUUCGUUACCAUCGACGGCAAAUCCCUGGCAACGGUUGGUUUCUAUGAAUGGAAGGACGGAGAACCCAACAACCAUGGAAACAAUGAAAAUUGCGGAUCAGUGUACAAAAUGGGCCAGCUUAAUGACAUCGAUUGUGCGAAAUCUGUUGCCUUCGUUUGCGAAUUGCCGGAUAUAAGCCGUAUUGUUGUAAUUGGAGCCAUAUUUCUCGCACUGGCGGCAACGGUGAAACAAUUACAGGUGGAUGCCACGACUAACGGAGUCCUAUUGGUUGCCAUACCUUUGCAGACUGCAAAUGACACAGCCCCUUGUCUGGUACGCGGUCAAUCAUCAUCCAAGAAACGGGACGACUACACGUACGUACACGGUUUGGGUGGCUACAAGCUUCAUACGCGAGCAACAACUUGGGUUGAGGCACGGCUAAUCUGUCAAGAAGAAGGCGGUCACUUGGCCGUCAUUAACAGCGUCGCUGAAGCAGAUGCCGUCUCUCAGGUCUUUAAAAAUGCAGAGCGGAUUACGGGCUCAGGAUAUCUGAACGAUGCGUUCAUUGGUUUUCACGACCUUUACCGGGAGGGUGAGUACGUAACUAUUCACGGAGAGUCGUUGGAAAAGGCUGGAUACGACCUCUGGCACACUAAUCAACCCAACAAUUUGAAUAAUAAUCAAAAUUGUGGAGGGAUACACGAUAAUGGACGUCUCAAUGACCUCCCGUGCAAAGGUCAACUAUUUGGGUUUAUAUGCGAAGUUCCGGCGGCUCGAGAUACAGUCCACAGCAUUGCAGCAUAAUGUAAAAUUCAUCAAACGUUAAGACAUAUAUAUUAAUGGGCAGUCUUUCAAUGUAUGCUAAGAAAAUGUCAGAAAUUGAAUCCGAUAAUGUAAUCGGACUCACCUGUGUAAGACAUGAUAUAAAAAACGUACUUGUAAUGUACAAUUGAUGAUAAAGUUGCGAUUAUUGUGCGAGACA